GAUAUUUGCCACUUUCCUCCCACACUCAAAACAAACACUCCUCUCUCCCACUCUGCAAAAAUACUUGUUCUACGUUCCUCCUCCAAUGGCUUCCUCAUCAACAAUGGCAGCGAACGGGGUUCUCACUCUCCGGUCAUCCACGUAUGCCAAUGCUUCGAAUCAAACCCAGAAGACGAAUCCGGCCUCCGCGCCGAGAGGGCUCUCGUUCAGCGGCUCUCAUCUCUCCGGGGCCAAAAUCCCGACGACGUCUUUGAGGACUUCCCCCAACAACACUCAAAGGGCGCCAUUGGUUGUGUCUCCCAAGGCCGUUUCGGAUUCCAAGAACUCCCAGACGUGUCUUGAUCCCGAUGCGAGCAGAAGUGUGUUGGGGAUUAUACUGGGAGGUGGAGCCGGGACGAGGCUUUACCCGUUGACAAAGAAGCGUGCGAAGCCUGCUGUUCCAUUGGGAGCGAAUUACAGGCUGAUUGAUAUUCCCGUCAGCAAUUGCCUCAACAGCAACGUUUCCAAGAUCUACGUCCUCACACAGUUCAAUUCCGCUUCUCUUAAUCGCCAUCUGUCUCGGGCUUACGCCAGCAACAUGGGAGGGUACAAAAAUGAAGGCUUUGUUGAAGUGCUUGCGGCGCAGCAGAGUCCCGAGAAUCCCAAUUGGUUCCAGGGUACUGCAGAUGCUGUGAGGCAGUAUUUGUGGUUGUUUGAAGAACACAAUGUGUUGGAGUUUUUGGUUCUUGCCGGGGACCAUUUGUAUCGGAUGGACUAUGAGAAGUUCAUUCAGGCUCAUAGAGAAACUGAUGCAGAUAUCACUGUGGCUGCUCUCCCCAUGGAUGAGAAGCGUGCUACUGCCUUCGGUUUGAUGAAGAUUGAUGAUGAGGGUCGCAUUAUUGAGUUUGCUGAGAAGCCUAAAGGGGAGCAACUCAAAGCUAUGAAGGUAGAUACAACCAUAUUGGGUCUUGAUGAUGAGAGAGCUAAAGAGAUGCCUUACAUCGCCAGUAUGGGUAUAUAUGUUGUGAGCAAAAAUGUGAUGUUAGAUCUGCUUCGAGAGAAGUUUCCUGGAGCAAAUGAUUUUGGGAGUGAAGUCAUUCCUGGUGCAACCUCCAUUGGGUUGAGGGUUCAAGCUUAUCUGUAUGAUGGCUACUGGGAAGACAUUGGUACCAUUGAGGCUUUCUAUAAUGCUAAUCUGGGGAUAACUAAAAAGCCAAUUCCAGAUUUCAGCUUCUACGAUCGUUCAUCCCCGAUCUACACCCAACCUCGGUAUUUGCCCCCAUCCAAAAUGCUUGAUGCUGAUGUCACAGAUAGUGUUAUUGGCGAAGGUUGUGUGAUAAAGAACUGUAAAAUUCACCAUUCUGUCGUUGGGCUUCGUUCUUGCAUAUCAGAAGGUGCUGUUAUUGAAGACACAUUACUGAUGGGGGCAGACUACUAUGAGACGGAUGCUGACAGGAGGUUUCUGGCUGGAAGAGGCAGUGUUCCAAUUGGUAUCGGAAAGAAUUCUCACAUUAAGAGAGCUAUAAUUGACAAGAAUGCUCGAAUUGGGGACAAUGUGAAGAUUGUCAACAGUGACAGUGUGCAAGAAGCUGCAAGAGAAACAGAUGGAUAUUUCAUCAAAAGCGGGAUUGUCACAGUGAUCAAGGAUGCCUUGAUUCCUAGUGGAACUGUAAUCUGAGCUCCGCUUUUCCACCUGUUUAAAUUUUGCUGACCACGAAGGCUCUUCUUUACCACCACGCUGAUAGAACAAUGAUGCUCUCUGCAGCCAAAGCAAACUUAGCAAGUCUACUUUGAGGGUUCUGUCUUCUGAUCAUGCAAUGUAUAUUUCAGGGUACUACAAUGUAAUUAGAGGAAGAGACCUCAAAUAUUUGCUCUUGUAGAUGUUCUAUUUCUAUCUGAAAUAAAGUGUCAUUAUUUAAUAUGAGAACUCAA